CCAUGCCAUCUCAGCGUAGGUCGGCGUAUCGUCGGGCUUCCAGAACAAUCCCUCCAUAGCACGUAGAUCAGGCAACACCACGGGCAAAUCGUUCCAAUGUACGGUUCUGCUGGGAAAUUUAUUCGCCCUCUUCCGUUCACCAGGUCGAGAGACAUCCAAGCUGUGGCGCCGGAGCUAGCCUAGCCACGCAGCAAUGUCCAUCAUCACCGCGGUCUGGGCUUGCGUGAGUCCGCGUGGGCAGAUAAGACAUUCCCUUCCCAUUGGGUUUCUCACCGGCCCGCCCGCAAGAGACUGGGUGCUUUGGCAGUCAUCCAAGCCUCCUUAUCUCACGACCCCUACGUCUCUCGCGUUCUUGUUAUCGGCUACGAUUACCUAUGCCCCUUUAUAUCAUGGAGGCUGAUCCGACACGGCCUGGCAUGGCCUGCGACUCGCCGGCAUUGCAUUUUGCGUGCUUCGUCCUAGGAAGGGUAUCUCGCAACUUGCAGCCACGAUAAAGAGAAGAGUCUGCCACUAUGCGGCACUUCUCCCCAGCCGAGCUCAGGCGGAGGCUUACUUCGCUCCGCUCAUGGGAGCUUCCCAAGCAGGCUGGCGCGUUUGGCCCAGCCCACGUGUGGACAAAUCGUGAUAUGGACCCGACGCCUAUAGAGGACCAGACAUGGAGCAUUUGGACAAUCCUGGCCUACUGGGCCACCGACACGAUAAACCUGUCUACGUGGCAGACGGCUUCUGCCAUCCUCGCCGUGGGCCUGAGUUGGCGGGAAGCGAUCCCGGUCAUGAUCGUCGGAAACUUCUGCGUCGCGGUAGCACUGGUGCUUAACGGCGCCAUCGGUGCGAAGCUCCACGUUCCCUUCGCCGUAAUCGCGACCAGCAGUUUCGGCUACUACCUUAGGUAUUUCUGCAUCGUCAGUCGAGCUGUUCUCGCGAUGUUUUGGCUCGGAAUACAGAGCGCCAACGGUGCGCAAUGCGUCACCAUCAUGCUCCGCGCUUGGGCACCGUCAUACGGUGGCAUCCGGAAUCGGUUACCCGAAUCGGCCGGCAUCACGACGCAAGGAAUGAUUUCGUAUUUCCUCUUCUGGAUUAUCCAACUGCCGCUGCUCCUCAUCCAUCCUACAAAGCUGCGUCCGCUCUUUUGGGUAAAGCUCGUCGCGGCGCCUGUUGCCGCCGUCGCGACCAUGGGGUGGUGUAUCAACAAGGCUGGGGGCGGUGGCGAUAUAUUCGCUCUACGGGCCGCGGUUAGCGGACCGCAGUAUGCUUGGCUGUGGUUGUCCUGCAUGUCAAGCGUAACGGGGAACUGGAGUACGUUAGCAGUCAACAUACCCGACUUCACGCGCUACGCAAGGUCGGCCAAGGGCCAGUAUGUCCAACUUCCCGCGAUGCCCCUUAUUUUCACCAUGUGCGGUAUCCUGGGCAUCGUAACCACGUCGGCAAGCAAAGUGUUCAGCGGCGAAUACAUGUGGAAUCCCCUAGACAUCAUCUCCAUGUGGCUUGAUCACGGUGCCGGCGGGCGGUGCGCUGCUUUCUUCGCUGCCCUCGCUUGGUAUAUCGCUCAGGUAGGCACAAACAUCACGGCCAAUUCGAUAUCGGCAGCCAACGACUUGACCGUCCUCCUCCCUCGCUGGGUCAACAUCAAGCGAGGCUGUGUGAUCGCUGCCGUCGUCGGCGGCUGGGUGCUAGUACCGUGGAAGAUACUGAGUUCCGCGCACACGCUCCUCGCCUUCAUGGGCGGAUACGCCGUCUUCCUCGGGCCAAUGGCCGGUAUCAUGGCGUCGGACUACUGGCUCGUGAAGAAGGGGAACGUCGACGUCCCCGGUCUUUACGACCCUGAUGGCCGCUAUCGGUAUGUCGGUGGCUGCAACUGGCGUGCAGCUGUCGCUUUCAUCGUCCCCGUUGCGCCUCUUCUACCUGGCCUCGGCCUCAGCAUCAGCGGACCUGAUGCGGUGCAUAUUAAUGACGGCAUUACCCAUCUCUAUACACUCAACUGGCUGUUCGGAUUCCUGACUUCGGCCAUCCUCUACGCGGGAUUGAGUAUCGCUGUGCCAGAUAAGGCCACACUUCAAGGCGCGACUUGGGAUUUGAACGGCGCCGUCAUCGAGGCUAGGGAGCGGGAGGAGUACGUUGGCGAAGUGAAGGGUGCUACGGUCAAUACACCUAGGACGAGUGGGGCCGAAAAGAAGCCAUAACUAAAUAUAGGCAGAUCAAAUAAACCUGUCUGCUCAUCGGCCAGUAGGCAGAUUUAUCGAUCCUACAUAAUCAGACCGAAUCGCGAUCGAUCUGCAUCCGCUGUAACAUCGUAGUCAGGAGCUGGCCGGUCAACAACCCUUAAAGUAACAGCCGACGGUGUCCAUGCGUCAGAUACAAACGUGUACGGCCAUGUGGUAGCUGCUGUGUAAAUUGCGCCCCUCUAGAAACAAUGCUACGUAUCAUCUCAGCUACCAGCCACGUCUGUACUGACGGGAAUCCGGCAUGAGGUGCGCUCGGAUAGAGCGUAGCAGCACGUUCGUCCCCAAGUCGCGUCCGGGUAAUACCCCCGGGCCGUGGACCAAGAGGAAGGUUUGCAAGAAUGGUGGAUGUAAUAUUCCGGCCGAGUGCGGGCCUUGCAUGGUAGGUAUAGCCUCGUGAUAUAUCGCGUUCGCUUCCCCUGGGCACUUUCGCCCUGAACAUCUAGGAGCAUUGCUCGUCAGCAGAUCC